AUGAAGCUAACCUCCUUGUCAAUACCAGUUGGCGGCUAUUGUGGCUAUGGCUCGACCUAUUGUGGUACUGGCUGCAACAACGAGUGGUUAGUUUUCACUUCUCAAUCUCCCGGGCUCCUCUCUAAUGAUAAGUCAACAGACUUCUGCGAUGAUACUACAUGUCAAUCGAAUUGUGGUUUGCAUCCCACUCCCCAAAGUGGAUCUCCAAAAAACCAGAUCCUUUCGAAAGUGAUCGGCUACUACGAGGCGUGGAAUGAUCGAUCGAAGUGUCAUCAGACUUCCCCUAGUGAUCUACCCUUGGACGCCCUCACCCAUCUCAAUUAUGCAUUUGCAUAUAUAAACCCUUCGACAUUUCAAAUUAUGACAAUGGAUGCCGCCACUCCUGUGUCACUGUUUGACGAUCUUGCGGCCCUCAAAUUGACCAAGGCAGAUCUAAAGAUAUUCGUCAGUAUCGGUGGAUGGACGUUCUCUGACAAUAACAUGGCUACCCAGGCUGUGUUCGGAAACAUUGCAAAGAGCUCCACGAACCGACAGACAUUUGCGAAGAAUGUGCUCUCAUUCCUGAAUGAAUACGGUUUUGAUGGUGUUGACAUUGAUUGUUGCUCAAAGAGCUUCGUAGCACUUUCAAAGAUUCCGGACGGGACCUGGGUAUCACAUUUACAGCUCCCUCGUCUUAUUUAUAUGCGCUGGUUUGAUUUACCAGGCAUGCUCAAGUACGCCGAUUGGAUGAAUCUGAUGUCGUACGAUUUGCAUGGAGUCUGGGACAGUAGCAACCCAAUUGGCUCGGUUGUCCAGGCACACACGAACUUGACCGAGAUCAAACUGGCCACCGAACUUCUUUGGCGAGCCAAGGUGAAGCCAUCUCAGGUUGCAAUGGGCUUUGGGUUCUACGGCAGAUCUUUUACCCUUGAGAGUGGUAGCUGCACCACACCUGGCUGUGCUUUCAGCGGUGGCGGGAAUGCAGGUAUCUGUACGGAUACUAGUGGCUAUCUUGCCUACUAUGAGAUUCAACAGAUCCUGUCAAACAAUUCCGAUAUUAAGGUCAUCCAUGACAAAGAAGCAGCCGUCAAGUACUUCACAUGGGAUACCAACCAGUGGAUCUCAUACGACGACGAGGACACGUUCAAGCAGAAGAUUGAUUGGGCGAACAGUAUUGGCUUCUCUGGUUCUCUUAUUUGGGCCUCGGACUUAGAUGAUUACAACUGGACUGCCCACAAAGCACUCACAGGGAAGGAUGAUCUAGGUAGUUCGGUCAGCUUGCUUCAAGCAGAUGAGCAACAACCAUUGGUCGACGUCAUUGAGACUUACCUUGGUGGUGGGUGUUACAAGUUUCAUGAAAGUUUUGAUCUAGACAACCCUCAGGCAGCCAGUUGCUCCCCGCUGACCAUGGUUGGCCAUGACAAGGCAGGCUGCACUUGUGGGAAGCCUAUUUGUUGCCCCAAGACUAGCGGCCUAAAGAAUUGCCAAUGGCGGGGUGGUCCAGCCCACGGUGACUGUAACGGGCAAUGUCAUGCCGGCGAAGUCCAAGUUUCGUCGUCCAGCUGGGGUGGUAUCCCAGGCCAGUCUGGGACCGGGAAGUGUGGCCGAGGAGGAAAAGCUCUCUGCUGUGAGAUGGGCUCAUAUGAUCUCCUGUUAGGAAGUUGUUACUGGUCUAAGGGCGUAAACAGCAAGUGCAAAGAUGACGAGGAAAGCGUCGCGUACCAGUGGGAUCGCACUGGAUGGGGCACAACGAUUAGUCAUGGCAAUCAUUAUUGCUGCCCUAAAAGCGAGCCCAUUCCCGUUGAAAAUUGCCACUGGGUUGGCAAAGGUGAUUGUGCCGAUAAUACUUGCAAACCAGAAGAGAUCACUCUAGCUACGAAUGACCAGGGAGACACUUACGGUGCAUGUAGCUGGGGUCGGAAGAAGGCACUUUGCUGCUCUCCCAAUCCAACGGCCCUGGAGACUUUGACAUGCGAUGCCGAUUUGUGCAGUGACUUUGACGAGGGUUGCGACGAGGAGGAUGGCUUUGCGAGGUCAUUCAAGAUAGCGAUUGAUGCGAUCACGGGCUCGAGUCUAUUCAAGGACGGGAUGAAGACGCUAUCCAGACCGUACCCACCAGGGCUCAAGGUAUUCAAAGGAGACGGAUCGUCCACUUUGGGUCUCGCUGGAGGCUUCAGCAUGUUGCAAGAUGUUUGUUCAUCCACUGCUGUUCAACUCACCAAGUAUGCCGAUCUUCCAAAAAAGGGUUCUCACGCGGAGCAUAUGAUGGAGCUGAAUAUGAUCCCGAAGUUCCUGGUAACGACUUUGUCGGGAGUUUUGCCAAACGGGAAUCUGAUGAAAGCCGCAAAGAUAGAUCCAGCGAACCUUUUGGCUGGAUGGAACAAAGUAUAUGAUGUAUCUUUACCGCUGGCAGGACAGCUUGUCACUGAUGUCAAGGGUUGGGCUGCCCCAAUGACUCCAAAUGAUCGUGUCUUUGAGAUUUUAGGCUCCUACGCCUAUCGCACGGGAAUGUCUUUCCUCGAGGCUGAGAUGAACAUUAUCAAGAUGACUCUUUGGAUGGAUAAAAAUCCUAUGGCAAUCGGCGUAUUCAACGAUCAUCUUAAAACUAUAGCUGGCGCCACCUCGAAGAGUCCCGAGGACGCCGCUAAGAAGCUUUUGGGCGUUUUGCAGAAAACAAUUGGUGUCUAUAAUUAUUUGAACUAUCCCGAGCUUCGCCCUCAUUUAAAUGAGGCACGGGCGGCCGUGCAAAAGGAGUUUGGAUAUGCCGAUAAAUAUGCCAGGGUUGGAGGGCAUGCUCGCCAUUUGGAAAGAGUUUGA